UCACCCCAAACCCGUCUCCUCCCUAACCUUUUCUUCCCUCAGAAACCUUCUCUUCUCUUCUCUUCUGUGAGCAGAGAGAGAGAGAGGCAUGAGGAUUCGCAGAAGCGCCAACCGUUCCCUUCUCCAUACGACGUCGUCUGCACCGCCCAUCAUCUGCCAACUCAACCAGAAUCCAUGGGAUGUCGCAGACUUCUCUCCUCCGUCCUCUCCUCCUCCUCCUCCUCCGCCGCCGCCGCCGCCGUCUCCACCUCAGUUCGAUGUGAGCAGCUUCUCCGCCGGAAAUGGAAGCUCACCGGCCGGCAAUCUCCUUUCCCAGAGGGAAAUCAACCUUGGUUGCAUUCUACAAAACUCCAUUGGAGACAGGGAGAUCAAGCAGGAGCUGAAAAGGCCGCUGCAGCACAGCAAGAGAGCACCUGGUAAGAUUGUAAUGUGCAACAAAACUGAUGGUAAGAAAUGGAAAUGCCGCCGGGAAGCCGUUGAAUCCCAUACCUUGUGCGAGCAUCAUCUAUCCUUGUCAAAAAACAGCAGCAGCAGCCGCGCCGCCGGAAAGAGCCUGCCGGAGAAGAACAAGAAGGCGGCGGCGCCGGAGAGCAGCAACACAUCCAAAGCACCACCAGCUCCUCCCUCCGACUAUUACUACUACUCAGGUUUCGGGCCGAGAUGGGGCAAGAAUAGGGCCGAAAUCGCGCAGCCGGAGCAGCAGCAGCAGCAGCCUCCCAACGAGGAAGAUGAUCAGAUGGAAGUAGACAGCAGUUCUGAUGAUGAGGAGAAUGAGAAGAGGAGAAAGAGAGGUCGGAAGCCCGUCAAAGCAAGGUCGCUUAAGUCUCUUAUGUAGACGACGACGACGACGACGACGUCGACCAUAUCUGUAUAUCGUUGCCUGUUUUCGUAAGUUUUUUUAAUUAUGAAUAAAUGUUAUGUGAGGGAGAGGGACAUAAAUAAUAUACAUACAUGACUGCUGUGUGUAUACAUAUGUUAUGUGUUUGUGUGUAUUUGCUUGUUUUGUUUAAUUACUAUGGAUUCCGCCAUGUUCGAAAGCCUAGUCUUCUUCCCGAGCUGAUAAAAGGGUAAA